AUGGCUUCAACCAAGAACUCCAGGGUCAUAAUUGCAGGUGGUGGAGUCUCCGGGCUCACUCUGGCUAUUAUGCUGGAGAGAUUCGGCAUCGAUUAUAUUCUUUUGGAAGCCCAUCAAGAUAUCUCUCCCGCAGUUGGUGCCAGCAUCGGCUUGAUUCCGAAUGCUUUGCGGAUAUUCGAUCAGCUUGGAGUCUAUGAUGCUAUCGAGGCAUUGCCUCACAACCACAUACACGAAGUUUGUGUACGCAGCGCACAGGGCAAGCCUCUAAAACGUGUCAAGCUUCCGUUUUUACAAAGCAGUAAGAGGCACGGUUACACAAUACGUUUCUUCGAUAGACAAUGGCUCUUGCAGAUCCUUUACGACAGUCUAGAUCAUAAAGAAAGAGUCUUAACGGACAAGAGAGUCUCAAAAAUUAAGCUGAUUGAAGGAGGAAUAGAGGUCAUUUCCCAAGACGGAAGUGUAUUCCGUGGUAGCCUACUUAUGGGCGCCGACGGCGUACACAGUACCGUCCGAGAGCAGAUGUACCGCAUCGCAAACGAGGUCCAGCCUGGAUACGUUGAUUCUCAAGAGAAUCUUAGCGUCGCCUGCUCAUAUCAGUGCAGUUUUGGAAUUGCGAAAGAUGUCCCUGGGUAUGUGGAUGGUCAGCUCAAUCCUGUGCCUGGCAAAGGGGUCACUAUGGUCGCCAUCUCUGGCCCUGAGAGCCGCGUUUAUUGGUUCGUCUUUGUGAGAUUGCAAGAAACUAAGUACGGCGACGACAUUCCGCGAUACUCCAAUGAGGACGAGGCGGAGUUCAUCAAGAAGUACGGUUCUCUCCCCAUCACUGAGAACGUGACAUUCGACCAAAUAUAUGCCAAGCGUGUCUCGUCUACAUUGACACCCUUACAUGAGGGUGUCCACAAGACGUGGUUCUUCCAGAGAAUACUCUUAAUGGGCGACUCCGCCCACAAGUCCAAUCCCAUCGGGUCUCAGGGUGGGAGUAGUGUUGUGGAAGCUGCAGCUCUGUUUUUGAACGCUCUGCAGACCGAGAUAGCUAGAACCCGAAAAGGCUUUGACGGCUUGACUGAGAAGAGCAUCGCAAAUAUCUUCAUUAGCUUCCAAAAGGCCCAAUAUGAUCGAGCAAAUAACGUCAUCGCUCGCGCGCAUACCGCCCAAGCGUUGGCGUCGUUUGAGCAACCUCUACUGUCUCAUCUUGCCUUCAAUAUCAUGUUGCCUUUGCAGAAUGAUGAACAAAUUUGGGCGCAAAUAUCUUCUAUCAUGAGCGAAGCGGUGCGGGUAGAAAGACUAUCGGUUCCUCCACGGCCAAAAGCGAUCCCCUUCGACGACGAGCUCCCCGCAAAACCAUUGAAAGGGAGGCUCCUACGUCUUACCGGGUCCUUUCUCACCAUCGGGGCGAGUCUGACUCUAUUCUUCCUUGUUGUCAACAUACAGUUCCCUUUCGACAUUGUCUUCACCUGGGGAGGAUAUGGGGAGCCCCUGGAUAGGAAGUGGCUACCAACUAAGUUCCUGAACGAUAACCUUCUUUCCGUCGUCUCAGUUUGCUCACAUCCUAUCAUUGACAAGAAGCCAGGGCCAGAAGCACAUCUCAUGUAUCUUUUGGCUCAGAUGAUCUCACCCAACUUGAUAUACACCAUUGAGGCGUACCGCGUUGGCAACAAAGGCACUCUUCUAGCGUCUCCGUUCUUGAACUUUGCUAUCAUGGGCAUAGUAGCUCUUGCAGGCGCCCAGCAGUACUGGACGAUUAUUCAUGUCCUGUUCGGUCACAACCUGCCAACUGGUCGCUCUAUUCCCUUGGAGGUUGCUCAUAGCAUAUUGCCUGCUCUUGCUCUUGGCUUCGUUCUCCCUGCUUGUUUAGUGUUCUUGCCUGUUCCAGAUAGCAGAACUCGACAAGACUGGAACGCGCUCUGGCAAUUUGGGACAUUUAUGUUCAUUGGGUUGACAGACAUCUUUGCACGCACGAUCAGAUGGUGGCGGAGGUCUGAAAGCACAUCUGGAUCUUCCGGACAAACUAAAAACAAGCACGAAGAUCAAUUGGACGUAUACUUCCAGCGGUAUCAGAACAGAGACUCAUCAUGGCUUCAGGCGGCUUACAUAUGUGCCUGUACAACGCAAGCUAUCAGCCACGUAGUCACCGUCCUUUACGCGUCUUAUCACCCGAAAAUAUCGGUCAUGGACUUUUUUUUCGGCUUCCCCUCCCCCUGGGCCGAUUGGACCGUUCAAGGGCGACAUAUAUGGAUCGCCAAUGUCUUGAAGUACGAUCUGGUUCUUUACAUUACGGGGGUCAUUGUUCAAAACUUCUAUUCCAUUUGGGAGCUUCGUCGAAUGGGUUACAUCAAUACCAGUGAGGCCAUUGUUGCUGCUACUCUGGUGGUACUUGGUCAGUUUGUGUUGGGCACAGGUGCAACUUGGGCGGCACUUUGGUGUUGGCGAGAACAUGUCUUUACCCGUCUGUCUACGCUAUAG